AUGGCAUCCAUGACCGCCCCCCCUGGUGAAAGCAUCACACUCGAGCAACUGGCGGACCACAAUACCUUACAGUCGCUAUGGAUCGCGGUUCACGGCGUUGUAUACGACUUGACAGCCUUCAGCUCCGACCACCCUGGCGGCAUUGAGGCACUUGAAACCUGUGCAGGAACUGACGGAACCGAGGCGUUCGAGUAUGCCGGCCACAGCGAAGAAAAUAUUGCCAAUAUGCAGCAGUACUGUGUUGGCAGGCUUGUCGGAAGCUUUGGACGAGAUGGUCCCAGUUGCCACCAUGCGGGAGACGGAAAUACGGAGCAAAAUCGGCGCGGUGCGCUCGGUAUCAACCGGGCUACUUUCUAUCCCUGGGCGACACCGGCAGUGACUCUAUUGACUGCCUGCGGAGCAAUGAUUUUUUCAUACCGCCACGUCCUUCCACGAUUGGGAAGCUUUCAGGAUAUACUCCCAACAAACACCGACCUACAGCCUGGACAUGGAGUCUUGACGGGCGUUGCAAUUGCUUCAUCCCUCAGCUUCCUGGGUUUCAGAUACCUUUACGGACUAUUUCUGUCGUCUCUUGACUAUCAGAAUGAUGUAUUUAGUUUUCCACCCACCAUGCCAAGAAAGACCCGAAGAUAG